CGCCUCCAGGCCCCCGCCGCCGACAUGAGCGGCCGCCGCGGCGCGAUCGGCGCUCGCCUCUGCUUCGUCAUGGGCUGCGCCUUCACCGUGUACGCCGCCGUCAGCAGGGGCCCGCUGCUGCUGCCGGUGGUGCCGGCCCAGCCGGCGGUGCCGUUCUUCGGGCCGGCCUCGGCGGUGACGGACUACUUCACCGGCGAUCUGACGGCGGCGCUGCGGCGCGCCGCCGGCCGCCACGCCACGCUGCUCUUCUUCUACGCGCCCUGGGACCACGCGUGCCGCACGGCCAGGCCGCAGCUGGAGCGGCUGGCGCGCGCCACGGCCGACCAGGUGGACGUGCUGGCCGUCAACUGCUGGCACGUGUCCGGCUCCUGCCGCAAGGACGUGAAGAAGGUGACCGCGUACCCGCUGCUGGUGCUGUACCUGCGCCACGGCCGGGGUCUGCAGUAUUCGGGCCCUCUGGAGGCGGCGCGCAUGGUGCGGUUCGUGGAGCGAGCGCUGCGGCCGCUGGUGCUGACAGACCCUGGGUGA